UGGCGGGGCCUGCGCGGUCAAUCCGCGGACGCCCUGUGAUGGAGAACCGGAAGGCAGUUCCCGGCGCAAGUCACCAGCCUCUUCUGGCUGCUUGAAACCCCACUGCGAACCGGGGAAGUGGCCUUGUUCCCGUGACACGGCCUUUUUCAGGCCACUUCGUGAUCUCAUUCCUCAGAGAGCAGUUCUCACUUCCCCUAUCUUAGAGGACAGAGGGGACUCAGGAGUGAAAGAUGGAACCAACUGUCCAAAUGCAUGACUAGAACAAAGCCUCCAGAAGAGAGACAAGGUGGCGCGUGCCUAUAAUCCCAGCUACUCAGGAGGCUGAGGCAGGAGAAUUGCCUGAACCCAGGAGGCGGAGGUUGUGGUGAGCCGAGAUUGCGCCAUUACACUCCAGCCUGGUUUAAUCAUAACGUGGCUAGAUUCCAAAAGUCAGCCUCUGCGCUCACCCAGGAGCUGCCUCCCUCCUAGUAGGAUGGAGACUCUCCUCCCCUCUCCCCUGGGCACAGCCCUUCACUCGAUCCUGGCCCCGCCCACCUCCCCAUCGGCCCUGCCCCCUAUCCCGAACUCUUAGUGACGCCGAGGCUGGAGAGACUCUAAGCGGGACGAAGAGACGCUGGUUGAGGGGUUGGUACGAACUGCCCACGCGCUUGGGCGCUCAAUGGCCUCCUUCAGUGUGGUCUGGAGGCGGCGCUGAGACGGGACUCACACUCUAUAAAGGUGCGCACGCCCCGCUGGCGGAUUACAUUGCGGCAGUGACGUCACGUAUGCCCCGCCCCGCUACCAUCAGAGCCCCACCGAGCGCGCGGGCGAGCGGGUGUGCUUGUGGCGCGUGGUGAGGAUUUCGGCGGCGGCUGGAGAAGCGCGGGCGGCGCCUUCGUAAAGCGAGCAAGCGGCAGCUGGCCGUGUCGCAAACAGCGUCCUGCGCGCGGUGGGCAGCAGCCCAGGAGGCGCGUGGCGGCGAUCGGCCUCGCGGCGGCGGCGGCGGCAGCGGCCCAGCAGUUGGCGGCGAGCGCCUCUGCGCCUGCGCGGCGGGCCCCGCGCCCCUCCUCCCCCCUGGGCGCCCCCGGCGGCGUGUGAAUGGCGGCCUCGGCGGCGGCGGCCUCGGCAGCAGCGGCCUCGGCCGCCUCUGGCAGCCCCGGCCCGGGUGAGGGCUCCGCUGGCGGCGAAAAGCGCAGCACCGCCUCUUCGGCCGCAGGCUCGGCGUCGGCCUCGGCCGCGGCGUCGUCGCCCGCGGGGGGCGGUGCCGAGGCGCUGGAGCUGUUGGAGCACUGCGGCGUGUGCAGAGAGCGCCUGCGACCCGAGAGGGAGCCCCGCCUGCUGCCUUGUUUGCACUCGGCCUGUAGUGCCUGCCUAGGCCCCGCGGCGCCCGCUUCCGCCAACAGUUCGGGGGACGGCGGGGCGGCGGGAGACGGCGCAGUGGUGGACUGUCCCGUAUGCAAGCAACAAUGCUUCUCCAAAGACAUCGUGGAGAAUUAUUUCAUGCGUGACAGUGGCAGCAAGACUGCCACCGACGCCCAGGAUGCGAACCAGUGCUGCACUAGCUGUGAGGAUAAUGCCCCAGCCACCAGCUACUGUGUGGAGUGCUCGGAGCCUCUGUGUGAGACCUGUGUAGAGGCACACCAGCGGGUGAAGUACACCAAGGAUCACACUGUGCGCUCUACUGGGCCAGCCAAGUCUCGGGAUGGUGAACGUACCGUCUAUUGCAACGUACACAAGCAUGAACCCCUUGUGCUUUUUUGCGAGAGCUGUGAUACUCUGACCUGCCGAGACUGCCAGCUCAAUGCCCACAAGGACCACCAGUACCAGUUCUUAGAGGAUGCAGUGAGGAACCAGCGUAAGCUCCUGGCCUCACUGGUGAAGCGCCUUGGGGACAAACAUGCAACAUUGCAGAAGAGCACCAAGGAGGUUCGCAGCUCGAUCCGCCAGGUGUCUGACGUACAGAAGCGUGUGCAAGUGGAUGUCAAGAUGGCCAUCCUGCAGAUCAUGAAGGAGUUGAAUAAACGGGGCCGUGUGCUGGUCAACGAUGCCCAGAAGGUGACUGAGGGGCAGCAGGAGCGCCUGGAACGGCAGCACUGGACCAUGACCAAGAUCCAGAAGCACCAGGAGCACAUCCUGCGCUUUGCUUCUUGGGCUCUGGAGAGUGACAACAACACAGCCCUCCUGCUUUCUAAGAAGUUGAUCUACUUCCAGCUCCACCGGGCCCUCAAGAUGAUUGUGGAUCCUGUGGAGCCACAUGGCGAGAUGAAGUUUCAGUGGGACCUCAAUGCCUGGACCAAGAGUGCCGAGGCCUUCGGCAAGAUUGUGGCAGAGCGUCCUGGCACUAACUCGACAGGCCCUGCACCCAUGGCUCCUCCAAGAGCCCCAGGGCCACUGAGCAAGCAGGGCUCUGGCAGCAGCCAGCCUAUGGAGGUGCAGGAAGGCUAUGGCUUUGGGUCAGCAGAUGAUCCCUACUCAAGUGCAGAGCCCCAUGUAUCAGGUGUGAAACGGUCCCGCUCAGGUGAGGGCGAGGUGAGCGGCCUUAUGCGCAAGGUCCCACGAGUGAGCCUUGAACGCCUGGACCUGGACCUCACUGCUGACAGCCAGCCACCCGUCUUCAAGGUCUUCCCAGGCAGUACCACUGAGGACUACAACCUUAUUGUUAUUGAACGUGGCGCUGCUGCUGCAGCUGCCGGCCAGCCAGGGACUGUGCCUGCAGGAACCCCUGGGGCCCCACCCCUGGCUGGCCUGGCCAUUGUCAAGGAGGAGGAGACGGAGGCUGCCAUUGGAGCCCCUCCUGCUGCCACUGAGGGCCCUGAGACCAAACCUGUGCUUAUGGCUCUUCCGGAGGGUCCUGGUACCGAGGGUCCUCGCCUGGCCUCACCCAGUGGCAGCACCAGCUCAGGGCUGGAGGUGGUGGCUCCUGAAGGUACCUCAGCUCCAGGUGGUGGUCCGGGAACCCUGGAUGACAGUGCCACCAUUUGCCGUGUCUGCCAGAAGGCAGGUGAUCUGGUCAUGUGCAACCAGUGUGAGUUUUGUUUCCACCUGGACUGCCACCUGCCUGCCUUGCAGGAUGUGCCAGGGGAGGAGUGGAGCUGCUCACUCUGCCAUGUUCUCCCUGACCUGAAGGAGGAGGAUGGCAGCCUCAGCCUGGAUGGUGCAGACAGCACUGGCGUGGUGGCCAAGCUCUCGCCAGUCAACCAGCGGAAAUGUGAGCGUGUACUGCUGGCCCUGUUCUGUCAUGAGCCCUGCCGCCCCCUGCAUCAGCUGGCUACCGACUCCACCUUCUCCCUGGACCAGCCUGGUGGCACCCUGGAUCUGACCCUGAUCCGUGCCCGUCUCCAGGAGAAGUUGUCACCUCCCUAUAGCUCCCCACAGGAGUUUGCGCAGGAUGUGGGCCGCAUGUUCAAGCAAUUCAACAAGUUAACUGAGGACAAGGCAGACGUGCAGUCCAUCAUCGGCCUGCAGCGCUUCUUCGAGACGCGCAUGAACGAGGCCUUCGGCGACACCAAGUUCUCUGCUGUGCUGGUGGAGCCCCCGCCGAUGAGCCUGCCUGGUGCUGGCCUGAGUUCCCAGGAGCUGUCUGGUGGCCCUGGUGAUGGCCCGUGAGGCUGCAGCCCCCAUUGCCAGCCCAGCCUGGCUCUCUUCUGUCCUGUCACCCCACCCCCACUCCCCUGGUGGCCUGACUCCCACUCCUUGGUGGCCCCAUCCCCGAGUUCCUCACGAUAAUGGUUUUUACUUCUGUGGAUUUAAUAAAAACUUCACCAGUU